UGGUGGAGAAGAUGGAAAUAUAAAGCAAAGCAAUAUGCGCACUAUUGCAACUCAUCAUCUCCUAUUCUUCUUCGUCCCUGCUUGGGCCUUUCAAGCUUCAGUUUCAUUCCCCUUUAUUUUUACCUGUUAUUCACUAUCACUGUCAAUCGCUAUGGCAAUGUAUCAGUUGUUCGUUUCUAUGCUGGCUGUAUCCAAUGUCUUCGCCGGCCCUAUUCUUUCACCCGAGCUUGAGAAAGGCAUUGCUCAUUUCAAGGCCAGAGCAUUACCACUGGACGACCCCAACAAUUACGAUGAGAUCUGUGGGCAUGAAUUGGACGAUAGCAAGCCCCUGGUUGCCGCAGAUAUCUGGCGCCAGACAGGCGCCUCCGUUUAUCUCGAUAUCAUUACCCAAGGCGAUAAACACAAAGAUUGGGUUCGAACUCUGGACAAGAACGCGUGGGAUAAGAAGCAGUCAGAUUCCUGGGAUUGCGCUAGUAUGAGAGGCGUGUGUGGGCAUGCUGCUGAUUGCAAGUUGUUUUUCGAUAACGAAAGAGCCAACAACUAUUGGAUCUUCUCCGCUGUAGCAAAGGCUCACAGUGUUUUUGAAUAUUUGGACAAACAGCUCUCGGACAAUGUUCUACUUAACUCCCUCAUGCUCGGCGAUCUUAUCAAAGACUUUGGCGCUGAAAAUCCCAAAGUCAAUCCUCACGGAGCUGCGUCUGGGGCUUUUGGCGCGGCGUCUGGUGCUUUGGGUGCGGUUGCAGCUAAUCUAGGGGAAGGGGCUGCCAAAAGUUUUGCGGGUCCGUUCGGAGGAGCCGUUGGUGUCAUCAGCGGUGCAUUUGGAGUAGGAGCUGCUACAUGGUCACCGGAGGACGCUGAAACCGGGCUGGAGACUACGCUAGGCCAAUACUACAACCACAGUAAGCUAGCACUUGAGCAAACCAUGCGGAACCUGUUCGGAGAAGGCAAUCCAGAGGAUCUACCUCAAGCGGGACAAACAGGAGAAUCAAGCGUGCUCAAGUCACCCAUUGGACGGUUUUUUAACGACGGGAAAUUCCUCAUUGAUAGUGUUGAUGACGUAUGGGGUAAGUAUAUCGAUGUGGGUAACAGCAUGCUGCGCAAAGCACUCGGCCUUCGUAUACUCAGCAGUCAGGGCUAUCUCAUCUGGAUCAACCCUUUGACCGGGGAUAAGCAAUGUUCCGAUGGCUACCCAGCCAGCAAGUGGAUAGACGGCGCCUGUUGGAGAGUUAUCAGAGUUAAAGAAGGCCGUUCGCCUGGCUCUCACACGGCCGACUACGGCUGGGAAGGGCUCCCCAAGAAUAUCUGGGACACCAUGACUGGAAAAUAUGAAAUGGACAUGCACUGGAUAAUGAAGAACUCGAUGGAAUGCAAGAGGAGCCGUGGGAAUGGCGAGAGAGAGGUCAAUACCAAGGACAUACCCUACACCGAGAUAUGGGCCGAAUGUCUCUUCAACAUGGACGUGGUCAAGGCCAAAGAAUUCGACCCUAUCGGAGGAUGGUUCAAGAACUUUGGGCCGCUUUGA